CAAUCCUGAGCUACUCGUAUUGCGUUGGUGUCACUUGGCGAUCAGCAAAUUUAGCGAAGUUGUCCGAUAGACGUGAUUUACUUUCGUGCCUUCAGAGUUUUCGUCAAGGCAAAACAGCCAGCUUCUCGGAAAGAACCUUUCCACUGAAGGUUUUUAAAGCUUCCAAAUGGCUACGUUGGAGGAUAAAUCGAUCUGGGAAGACGGAGAAGAGACUUUAGGAGAAGAUGUUCUACGAAUGUCUACCGAUGAGAUUGUGUCGCGCACGCGGCUUCUGGAUAAUGAAAUCAAGAUCAUGAAGAGUGAAGUGAUGCGGAUAACCCAUGAGCUACAGGCGCAGAAUGAUAAGAUCAAGGAGAAUACUGAGAAAAUCAAAGUAAACAAGACUCUACCAUAUCUGGUUUCCAAUGUUAUCGAGCUGCUAGAUGUCGAUCCACAGGAUAUGGGAGAAGAAGAUGGUGCAGUAGUCGAUUUAGACGCACAGCGUAAGGGCAAGUGCGCAGUUAUAAAGACUUCUACGCGUCAAACUUACUUCCUUCCCGUGAUCGGUUUGGUCGAUGCCGAGGCGCUGAAGCCAGGUGAUCUGGUUGGAGUUAACAAAGAUAGUUAUCUCGUGUUAGAGACUCUACCGGCCGAGUACGACGCCAGAGUCAAAGCUAUGGAAGUAGACGAACGUCCAACAGAACAAUACUCCGACAUCGGUGGACUGGAUAAACAGAUUCAAGAACUGAUCGAAGCAGUUGUGCUGCCUAUGACGCACAAAGAGAAAUUUGAGAAUUUAGGAAUUCAGCCGCCCAAGGGUGUCUUGCUUUACGGCCCGCCAGGAACUGGGAAGACUCUGUUGGCUAGAGCCUGCGCCGCCCAAACGAAGUCCACUUUCCUGAAGCUUGCUGGCCCACAAUUGGUACAGAUGUUCAUCGGUGAUGGAGCGAAAUUGGUUAGAGACGCAUUCUCAUUAGCCAAGGAAAAGGCACCGGCUAUAAUAUUCAUAGACGAACUCGAUGCUAUCGGUACGAAACGAUUCGAUUCAGAAAAGGCUGGCGACAGAGAGGUACAGCGCACCAUGUUAGAGCUGUUAAAUCAGUUGGACGGCUUCAGCUCAACUGCCGACAUCAAAGUUAUUGCUGCCACAAACAGAGUAGAUAUUUUGGAUCCGGCUUUGCUGAGAUCCGGCCGAUUGGAUCGCAAGAUCGAAUUUCCGCAUCCCAACGAGGAGGCGAGAGCACGUAUCAUGCAGAUUCAUUCGCGCAAGAUGAACAUGUCGCCAGAUGUGAAUUUCGAGGAAUUGUCAAGAUCCACGGACGAUUUUAAUGGAGCACAAUGCAAAGCUGUUUGCGUAGAGGCGGGUAUGAUAGCGUUACGACGCAAUGCGACAGCAGUUACUCAUGAAGAUCUAAUGGAAGCUAUUAAUGAAGUUCAAGCAAAGAAGAAAGCAAACUUAAAUUAUUAUGCCUAAUAUGCUUCGUCGCGUCAUUUAUUUAAUAAGGUACUUUUGUAUAAUAAAUACACAUUAUUCACAUA